GGACAGACGCUUCGGGUCCAUGGUCCUGGAGGAUCCUGGAGGGUCCUGGAGGGUCCUGGAGGGUCCUGGUGUUGCAGUCAGACUGAGGACAGGAACGAUGUGGGUCUGAUCAGCCUGCAGAGGACAGAGAGCUUUUGUCUCAUUGUUUACUGUUGUACCAGGCUGAACACUGUGUGUGUGUGUGUGUGUGUGUGUGUGUGUGUGUGUGUGUGUGUGUGUGUGUGUGUGUGUGUGAGAGAGAGAGAGAGACAGAGAGAGAGAGAUUUCUAGUCUUACAGUCUUUCUUAUGGAGUUCAGAUUUUCAGUGAAAUUAAUCAAUCAAUCAAUCAACUUUAUUUCUAUAGCACAUUUAAAAUAACCACAAGGGUAGCCAAAGUGCCGUACAAUGAUACAUAAAAACAAAUAACACAAAGAGCAAGAUAAAGCGAGCAGAAAUACAUUAAUGCAAGGGGAUAAAUAAGUAAAUAAAUAAGCAGGCUCACGGCAGGUGCUAAAAUGAUAAAAAACAAAAUAACACUAAAAAGUAUCAAAAGCCAAGGAGUAAAAGUGUGUUUUUAAAAGGGAUUUAAAAACAGGAAAUGAGGAGGCCUGUCUGAUAUUCAAGGGCAACUCAUUCCAGAGCUUCGGGGCAGCAGCAGCAAACGCUCUGUCCCCUCUGAGCUUCAGCCUUGUAUUUGGGACCAGGCUUUUAAAAACAAAUAUUAAAAGCUUAAAAUGAAUUCUUUACUGUACAUUAAAUCAAAUGUAUGAUAAUUUAAAAAAUUGUGUUUUUAGUGAUGGUCCAGUUUGUUUUGUUUUUGUAAGAUUCACACUUUUUAUUUAAUUUGACACUCCUGAAAGUGUGAAUGAAAGCAGAUGUGAUUAUUGAUCAUUUGUCUGCAGAUCAAUGAAACACUUUGACUGUUUAGUGAAGCUUUAAAGUUCAGAUUUCAGCUUCAUUACAAUCAGAUUUACUCUUGAGUCACUUCAUGUUGUUCUCUAUAAAUACAGGAAACAUGAUCACACUUUUAAAUGAAGGAGCUGUGAUGGGGUCACAGAGUCAUAUCUACCUUUAAUUCACCUCCAGCUGUUCUCACCUUGAAGUGAAGUAUUUUUAUUCACCCUCCGCAGUGUUCCUGCCUCCUGCAGCUCUGUGGCGCCCCUCUGUGGAGGAUUCAGUCCGUCCUGCUGGAGUCUGAUGAAGGUUACACUGGAUGUUGUCCUGAACAGUGAGUCAGAUUUCAGAGGAGUUGACAUUAUGGAGAGAUUUGCCAAAACAAAUAUGUGACUGUGUGAGCGAACAGUUCAACAGUUUCAGAAUAAAGUUCAUCGUCUCCAUCAAACCAUUCAAAGAUCAUUUAGAGCAGUGGUUCUCAACUGGUGGGUCCCAACCUAAAAGUGGGUCGCGGACACGUUCUGGAUGGGUCGCUAACAGCUGGUCGAAAAAGUAAAUAUUUAAUGCGCAUUGGAUGUUUGACAUGAUUAAAGGCGAUCGGAACCACAAAACUUGCUGGUGAGGGAUGGCGUGGAGCCCAAGUUUCCAACGCGUGCAGCAGUUGGCACUCUUGCUGCGUCCGAAUUGCCAAGUAGUAGCCGAAGUAGUAUCUAGCAUGUCUGAAUUGGCCACCGGAGCAAGUAGCAUGCUACUUCAGAUACUACUUCAGAUACUAGACAUGCCCACAUUGUAGGAUGGUCGCGGUGCAUCCUACGGGCAUGCUACUGACCCAAAAUGGCCACAGCAGCGCGCACCAUGUCGGAGCAGCAAAAUAACAUGUUUUUUUACGGUCUUUAUUUUGUUUAAUUUGAUAUUUAUCCACUUUUGUCCUCCUCAGGUUCCUCUGAAUAUGCUCUGAAUGCAGAGAUACAAAAUGGUCUCUAUUUUGUUUAAUUUGAUAUUUUCUGUAUUUGUAACUUCAGUAGUUGUCGUCUUCAGUUCAUGUGCUCUGAAAUACACUUUACUCAAUAAAAACUGUGUAUUUAUGUCAAAGAAUUGAGUCUUUAUUUGAAUUUUCUUGGUUUGAAUUUCAUAAAAGUGGGUCAGGACUGAAGGACCGUGGGAACGUGUGGGUCCCACACUGAUUUAGAGGAUCUGAAGAAAUCUCUGGACUAAAGGUACAAGAACCAAAACCAGGACUGGAUGGUCCUGAUCUUCAGGGCUUUAAAAACAGACAGGACUCUGGAGUGGGAGUCACCGCAUGGAAAAGACAACCAGUUGUCCUUAUAAUGCAGCUUUAUGAAAUACUUUGAGAGAAGUCAGAGCCGUCUGACUUUAAACUGUCAGCAGGGACACUCCCACCCACCCGCUCCACAGCGAACUGGUCCUCCAGAGAGAGGAGAACCUUCAGCAGAAGGAUCCUUGCUCCACGAUGAACCACGGAGCACCACAGGAGAUCUUUAACUUUUUAACUCCUCCCUCAGUCAGUCGUCUUUACCUGCUGGACUCUGCUCACGGUUUAUAUGCAGAUUAUUUUACUAUUUUGUGUUGUUUAUCGUGUACAUACUUGUAUUUUAUUUGAUCUAUUAUUGAUCUCCUAUUAAGUGUCUCUGGUUCUGGUUCUGAUUCUGGUUCUGGUUCUGAUCUGAGUCCUGGUCCUGUAAGAUUCUGAUUAUGUUGUAGACCUCUGUAUGUGACCACUAGAUGUCAGUUAAACACAGCUGCUGAAAACCUCCUGCACUCAGCUGCUCUGUUUCUCUCUCUCUCUCUCACACACACACACACACACACACACACACACACACACACACACACAGAAAAAGAAAAAAAAGGAGGAAAAAAACCUCAUAAUUCAUAAACUUUCAUCAUGACUUCAUAAAGAAACUGAAAGUAAAACGAGCUGAACCGUCAGAGAACAAUCAAACACCAGUGACUUAAAGACUUCAUGUUUUCACAAAAGAAGUGUCUAUUUGAUGUUAGAGUGAACAAAGACCUGAUCAGGAUCUGAAGGAGACAGAGAUGAUCAGAAUAAUCAGACUCUAAAAAAGAAAAACUUUAAACCCUUAAAAUGACUUUAAAAAGAUUAAACCUUCAGUUUCAAAGUGAAGGAAACUUUCAGAUAUUUUGUUUUUGUCAAGAAGUCAAACUUCGUGACCGAUAGUAACCUCGCUGUCCACCAGCUGUGUCCACUUCCGCUAAGUGAGGCCGGAAACACGGACCGUUUACAAAAUAAGAGCCUCAUCAGCUGAUGAACAGGCGGUGAGAAAAGACUAAAAUAUUUAAUUCUUUACAGUCUUUUUAUUUAUGAAUUGUCUUUUUUUGUUUUAAAAACAGCCUGAAUUGUCAUCUGUAAGACAGAGUGAUAUAUUUUCCUCUAACCCUAAAGUUUUUUUAUCAAUAACAAACAUGGAUAGAAAAAUUAGACAGUAAACAUCCUGUAAACAAAACUCUAUAACAACAACAGCUGACAGAGAAGUGCUGCUGAAAGACCAGAUGAUUACACACAAUGGAUAACACGACUCAACUCAACUUCACUUUAUUUAUAGAGCACCAUUCCUCCUCUCUGCAAUAAGACUUUACAAUGAACUGUAAUAAAACUGGACUCACACCACCACUUUUCUCUGAUACUUAAAUUGUGUAUAUUGUAGGUAGUUUUAUUUUUCUUCUCCCUUUUCUAAUUUUUUUCUUAAUUAUUACAUUUAUUUAAGUUCUUAAUAUUACGAUCUUUAUUUUUAUAACUGCAUUUUUGCACUCUUUGUCUGUGAUGCUGCUGUGGCAAAAAAAAAAAUUCCCCGUGGGGAUCAAUAAAGGAAUAUUCUAUUCUUUAAAUACAACCAAAGCUGACACAAAGUGCUAUACAUAAAAACAUAAAACAACUAGAAAUAGUGAAAAAAGCAAUAUCAAUCAAUCAAUCAGUCUUUAUUUAUAUCACACUUUUCAAACACAACAAUGCUGCACAAAGUGUUUUACACAGAAAAAGGAAAAAAAGAAACAAAGAAAACCCAAAUCUACCCCAGCCCAACCCUUCAUUCCCACCAUCUAAACAGAAACAGAAUUAAAACACAUGAACUUAAAAAGGACUUGAUUUUAUAUAAACAGGAGUGUGAGCACUGAGGAAACGUCAUUUGAACUCAAGAUAAAGAAACACUGGAGGUUUAAAAUCUAAAAAUAAAGAAACUGAAUGAAAUUUAAGAAAUAAUAAAUAAAAUGAAAUAAAAACAAUAAAAGAAACUAAAGUAAGAGCACCAAAACAGCUCAAUAAAAGACGAUCCUGUUAUUAAAACUAGAGAGAAUAAAUGCUAAAACACUGAGUCAUAAGGUAAAAAAACAAAACAACAAAUCGUCGUCUCAUGCUGGGUCAGAGGGAAUAAAAAUGGGUUUUUAGACAGUUUUAAAGAUGGACAGUGAGGGAGCUUGUCUAAUGUGGAGAGGUAAAUCACUCCACAAUGACUUUAAUUCUGCCUUUUUUUUCUUUAAAUUAAAAAAAAAAAACAUUAAAAAAACGAUUGACUUCAGGCUGUGGGGAAAAAUAUAAACCAUCAAAAAAAAUUACAAUUACAAAUGACUUUAAAGUAAAGAGACCUUAAAUUCGAUUUUACUAUUUGUCUUGUUUAUAGUGUAAAUACUUGUUUACCAUUUUUUUACUUAUUUUAUCUCUUAUUCAUGUCCUCUUUUACUGUAUUUGCACGGUAGAACUGUGACAAAGCAAUUUCCCCCUGUGGAUUAUUAAAGUAUUUCUGAUCCUGAUUGAGUGAAUGUGUUUGAAGUCAGUUUUAUUUUGAAGUCCCGGACCGGAAGCAGUGUGCGGGUGAUUGUUGCGGAUUGACUGCGGUGAGUUUUGUCCCUGGGCUGCAGCUCUUUGCGGGAUAGAUGCUGCCGAGAGGAGCUGGAGGAGCAGGACACUCUGUCCAGACACCGGUAGGUGAACGUUAAUCCUCUUUACCGGAACUUUUUCAGACUUUUUGAACCUUUUUCAACUUUAUUAAUCCGGUCGCUCAUCUUCAAAGAGAGCCGCCGCCUCAGGUGUUAAAUCAGAUUUUCAGGUGAGUUUGAGCGGAAACAGCAGCUUUAAUGACAGAUAAACUCAGAGGUUUGACUGUAGACGGUCUGUUUUAGUGAAACAUGAGAGGGUCUGAGAGUGAAGCGAACCGCUCUGAAGAAGAUUGACGGUCAGAGUUUUGGGAGUUUUAGUGAAGAAGAGGAGAUGAAAUAAGAGUCAAAGAUGCUGCUGAAGGACAGAAACACAAACAGAAACACACCGAGGAGAAGAUCUGAGUCUGUCCGUGUUUGUGUCGGUGAAGGUUAACGGAAAAAAACGGUGAAGAAAAGAGGAAAAGUUUAGGAGUUUUUCAGGUUCAUUUAACGGGAGCUGCAGUUUGUGUGUUGACCGCUGGGGCGCUGUUAGAUACAGAAGUUUACAGCCCCGUGUCCACCCAAAGACAAAGACUUUAAAACUUGUUAAAAGAGAUUUUUAUUGAUCAGUCUGAGGAUUUAAACUCACAGUUUUAAUCUGGAAUAAGAGUUUUAAUUAAAGAGCCUAAAAAGGGUCCGAAUUAGAGUUUAAAACCUUCAUCAGAAACACGAAAAACGACGUUUUACCUUUAAAUAAAACUGAUCAGGUUUCUCAAACUUUUAACUCUUAUUAUGAUUUAUUUGAAUACUUGAAGACUUUUAUAUUAAUAACAUUAAACACUGAGGAAUCAGUGAGAACAAAGACGACAAUGCUCUUUUAUUCUGGUAACUGAAAGCUGAGACUCCUGUUUUGUUCUUUAUUUACUGUCGAGUUUUUCUGUUUUUUUUAUUAAACGAGUUUAAAUGACAUUGGAGAGGCAAGUUAACACAAAGAAGAUUUUUACUUCAAAUCAAUAAAACCAAGAAAAUACAAGAAAAGGGACACAACAUGAAAAUAAGGAGACAAAAAAUCACAACUGCAAAAUUUUACAAGGUCGAAAUAAAAUCUUUUGAUAAAGAGUUAAACUCAUUUAGACUUUCUUUACUCCAGUUUAAUUUAACACUGAUUUAACUCAGUUUAAAACUUCAUACAGAAACAUUAAGGAGGAAAAGAGACUGAUUAACGAUCACAAUGAUCAAGUUUUUUAAAAUGUUUGUUCACUUAAACGUCUGAAACUUCUGAGUCCACUUUAAUAAUGAGUUUAAGUUUAGACCUUUGACCUGAAGCAGCUAACAUCAGAAAAGGUCAGAGGUUAAACAGAAACAGCUUUAAAUCUGAGUUUUCAUGAACAAUGUCGAGUUUUAUUCAAACAGAAAUGACCGAUAAUAAAACACGAGAGACGCUGAGAGAGACGCUGUGAUUGGACGACUGAGAGAGGUUAGAUCAGUGUGUGCUGAUCGCUCUGAUUGAUACUGAUCAAACAGCUGAUCUCAUCAUCUUCAUCUCCGACACACAGUUCAAGGACAAGACUGAGUGUGUGUGUGUUAAAGCCCCUCCCCCCUGCGGUCAUUAUCUGGAGCAUUUCCUGUGAGGGACGACGAGCUGCGGCUCUGUCUGUCUUCAAACAGCCUGUAAAUGACUGUGGGGGGGGGGGCAUUAGCAUGUCUGAAGGAGCACUCAGACCCCCCCCCCAGAUCAAACACUCGACAUGAAUCUGUUCAGGUGUGCUUCAGUUCACCUGGAUUAAAAAAAAACACCUUUAAAGCUCCUGUCAGCUGAAGAAAAAGACCGUCUUUAAUGUUUUUAACUUUUAUAUAUAAAUAAAUGAUAUUUAUAUAUAUUUUAUAUUUUUAUCACAAAGAUCCAUUUGACCGUCAAAGUCAGCGAGAGCAGAUUUAUUUAUUUAACAAAAACAAAAGUUCCCAACUGGAGCUUUAAGACGAGAAUUCGACUCUAAAUGUAAAAAUGAGAUUUCAGACAAAAGGAGGGAAGUGAACUGAGCUGAACUUUGACAGUAUUUACAUUAAAACAGCUGUUUGGUGACCAGGACGGGUUCAGGAUGGGGUCCGGUUCUGAUGUGGUGCUGCUGGACUUUUGGAGCUUCACAAAAACACAAACGUUAUUUUCUAUACCGACUGUUUUUAUGACGCACUCUGCACGUACAGCAGAUCUGUGUGGAGAUACAAGUGUGUAGAUAUAAGUGUGUAGAUAUAAGUGUGUAGAUAUAAGUGUGUAGAUAUAAGUGUGUAGAUAAAGUGUGUAGUAGAGUGUGUAGAUAAAUGUGUGCGGGCUCAGCAGCUUCAGUAUCUGCCUGCCCCUCCUCUCUGUGAGGAGAAUAUCUGCUCUGACCUUUGACCCUGGCACCUUUGAGCUGUGUGCUGGCUGACGCUGACUCUGUGUGUGUGUGUGUGUGUGUGUGUGUGUGUGUGUGUGUGUUGUACGCAGAGCGAGCGGUGAGCAUCAUUCAGACGUGGAGCUGAGCGGACGUCAGACAUGUCUGUGAGCACACAGCUGGGCCUGCUGCUGUGGAAGAACCUGACCUACCGGCGCCGACAGACAGUAAGACACUGAGCGUUUUAUUCCUUCACUUAAACACAGUCAAGGUUGAUUUGAUCAGUUUGUUUCUGACUCAUCGAACUGUUCUGGGACUGAGUGACUGAGAUUUGGCCUUUAGGUUCCGGUCGGUCUGUUAACAGAGUUCAGAGUCUGAUCGAAACUGAUAUAAACACAAAGAGAGAAAACCUGAGAGAGAAACAACAGAGCAGUUUAAAUCUGAAACCUGAGAAUCAUUCAGACGGGAGUGUGUGUGUGUGUGUGUGUGUGUGUGUGUGAGUGUGUGUGUGUGUGUGUUAAAGCCCCUCCCCCCUGCGGUCAUUAUCUGGAGCAUUUCCUGUGAGGGACGACGAGCUGCGGCUCUGUCUGUCUUCAAACAGCCUGUAAAUGACUGUAAGGGGGGGGGGGGGGGGGGGCAUUCGCAUGUCUGAAGGAGCACCCAGACCCCCCCCCCAGAUCAAACACUCGACAUGAAUCUGUUCAGGUGUGCUUCAGGUCACCUGGAUUAAAAAAAAAAAAACACCUUUAAAGCUCCUGUCAGCUGCAGAAAAAGACCGUCUUUAAUGUUUUUAACUUUUAUAUAUAAAUAAAUGAUAUUUAUAUAUAUUUUAUAUUUUUAUCACAAAGAUCCAUUUGACCGUCAAAGUCAGCGAGAGCAGAUUUAUUUAUUUAACAAAAACAAAAGUUCCCAACUGGAGCUUUAAGACGAGAAUUCGACUCUAAAUGUAAAAAUGAGAUUUCAGACAAAAGGAGGGAAGUGAACUGAGCUGAACUUUGACAGUAUUUACAUUAAAACAGCUGUUUGGUGACCAGGACGGGUUCAGCAUGGGGUCCGGUUCUGAUGUGGUGCUGCUGGACUCUGGAGCUUCACAAAAACACAAACGUUAUUUUCUAUGCCGACUGUUUUUAUGACGCACUCUGCACGUACAGCAGAUCUGUGUGGAGAUACAAGUGUGUAGAUAUAAGUGUGUAGAUAUAAGUGUGUAGAUAUAAGUGUGUAGAUAUAAGUGUGUAGAUAAAGUGUGUAGUAGAGUGUGUAGAUAAAUGUGUGCGGGCUCAGCAGCUUCAGUAUCUGCCUGCCCCUCCUCUCUGUGAGGAGAAUAUCUGCUCUGACCUUUGACCCUGGCACCUUUGAGCUGUGUGCUGGCUGACGCUGACUCUGUGUGUGUGUGUGUGUGUGUGUGUGUGUGUGUUGUACGCAGAGCGAGCGGUGAGCAUCAUUCAGACGUGGAGCUGAGCGGACGUCAGACAUGUCUGUGAGCACACAGCUGGGCCUGCUGCUGUGGAAGAACCUGACCUACCGGCGCCGACAGACAGUAAGACACUGAGCGUUUUAUUCCUUCACUUCAACACAGUCAAGGUUGAUUUGAUCAGUUUGUUUCUGACUCAUCGAACUGUUCUGGGACUGAGUGACUGAGAUUUGGCCUUUAGGUUCCGGUCGGUCUGUUAACAGAGUUCAGAGUCUGAUCGAAACUGAUAUAAACACAAAGAGAGAAAACCUGAGAGAGAAACAACAGAGCAGUUUAAAUCUGAAACCUGAGAAUCAUUCAGACGGGAGUGUGUGUGUGUGUGUGUGUGUGUGUGUGUGAGUGUGUGUGUGUGUGUGUGUGUCGUAGUGAUCGGAGUGUAUCGAUCCAUCUCUCCUCAUUUAUUAUGAAUGACUUCUAAGAAUAAAGAGAAGAAGCUGCUUCCUGUUUCACACACAUUAACAGUGAGUGUGUGUGUAUAUUAUUAAUGUGUGUGUAGCUGUAGUGUGUGUAGUGUUAAUGUGUGUGUUACUCUCUCUCUCUCUCUCUCUCUCAGCUUCAGCUGCUGUUGGAGAUCGUGUGGCCGCUCUUCAUCUUCUUCAUCCUCAUCGCCGUCAGACUGAACUAUCCUCCGUACGAGCAGCAUGAGUGUAAGUCCAAGACGUCUGAGUGUGCUGUCGGUGUUUCAGUUGAAAGAGUUACCCUGUGAUCUGGUGACCUUAAGCUGACAGUGCCAGUGGUUGUCAUGGUAACAACAGCUGUUGAAACACUGAGAGAGUCCAUCUUUUUUUAAACUGUCGUGUCAAAAUACACUCGUCAGACACGUCUUUGAUAAAGAACUGGAUUUAGAAGAGACGCUUUGAGCUCAAAGUCAGUGGUUGACAUGGUAACAAAUUUCACCGAAACACCGGCAUCAAGACAGACCCCCCCUUAUCCAGGUAACCUCCAGGUAAGUGAGUCAGAACAGCUGAUCAACAGCUGUUAGCUCACUAAGCUCCUGAACGCUACAGCCUCUCUUUAGUCGUGUUCAUCUGUCCCUCUGCUUUUCAGACACACACACACACACACACACACACACACACACACACACUCACACACACACACACACACACACACUCCUUUUUCCUCCUCUCUCCUCCUGUUUUCAUUUUCAUGUGGAACAAAAAUUACAAUCCAAACUAAAAUAUGGUGUUAAUGUGUUAGUGUUGGUGUGUUCAGGUGUUGGUGUGUGGUUCGGUGUGUGUGUCUUUAUGUGUCAAUGUGUUCAGGUGUUUGUGUGUUCAGGUGUUGGUGUGUGGUUAGGUGUGUGUGUCUUUAUGUGUCAAUGUGUUCAGGUGUUUGUUAGUAUAUGUGUUGUUGUGUUCAGGUGUUAAUGUGUUAGUGUUUGUGUGUUCAGGUGUGUUCAGGUGUUGUUGUGUUCAGGUGUUGUUGUGUUGUUGUGUUAGCCUGUUCAGGUGUUUGUGUGUUCAGGUGUUGUUGUGUUUAGGUGUUGUUGUGUUUAGGUGUUGUUGUGUUCAGGUGUUGUUGUGUUUAGGUGUUGGUGUGUUCAGGUGUUGGUGUGUUCAGGUGUUGUUGUGUUCAAGUGUUGUUGUGUUCAAGUGUUGUUGUGUUGUUGUGUUCAAGUGUUGUUGUGUUCAAGUGUUGUUGUGUUGUUGUGUUCAGGUGUUGUUGUGUUCAGGUGUUGGUGUGUUCAGGUGUUGGUGUGUUUAGGUGUUGUUGUGUUGUUGUGUUCAGGUGUUGUUGUGUUCAGGUGUUGUCGUGUUGUUGUGUUAGCCUGUUCAGGUGUUGUUGUGUUGUUGUGUUCAGGUGUUGUUGUGUUCAGGUGUUGUUGUGUUGUCGUGUUCUUGUGUUAGCCUGUUCAGGUGUUUGUUAGUAUAUGUGUUGUUGUGUUGUUGUGUUCAGGUGUUCAGGUGUUGUUGUGUUGUUGUGUUGUUGUGUUAGCCUGUUCAGGUGUUUGUUAGUAUAUGUGUUGUUGUGUUCAGGUGUUGUCGUGUUGUUGUGUUAGCCUGUUCAGGUGUUGUUGUGUUGUUGUGUUCAGGUGUUGUUGUGUUGUCGUGUUCUUGUGUUAGCCUGUUCAGGUGUUUGUUAGUAUAUGUGUUGUUGUGUUCAGGUGUUGUUGUGUUGUUGUGUUGUUGUGUUAGCCUGUUCAGGUGUUUGUUAGUAUAUGUGUUGUUGUGUUCAGGUGUUGUCGUGUUGUUGUGUUAGCCUGUUCAGGUGUUGUUGUGUUGUUGUGUUCAGGUGUUGUUGUGUUCAGGUGUUGUUGUGUUGUCGUGUUCUUGUGUUAGCCUGUUCAGGUGUUUGUUAGUAUAUGUGUUGUUGUGUUGUUGUGUUGUUGUGUUGUUGUGUUCAGGUGUUGUUGUGUUGUUGUGUUGUUGUGUUGUUGUGUUGUUGUGUUAGCCUGUUCAGGUGUUUGUUAGUAUAUGUGUUGUUGUGUUCAGGUGUUGGUGUGUUAGCCUGUUCAGGUGUUGUUGUGUUGUUUUGUUGUUGUGUUGUUGUGUUAGCCUGUUCAGGUGUCUCCUGUAGUUCGUCACUUUCACAUUGAGGUCUCUCUCAUGAACGGGUCCACAGGUGUGUUCAGGUGUUGUUGUGUUCAGGUGUUGUUGUGUUCAGGUGUUGUUGUGUUCAGGUGUUGUCGUGUUCAGGUGUUGUUGUGUUCAGGUGUUGUUGUGUUAGCCUGUUCAGGUGUUUGUUAGUAUAUGUGUUGUUGUGUUCAGGUGUUGUCGUGUUGUUGUGUUCAGGUGUUUGUGUGUUCAGGUGUUGUCGUGUUGUUGUGUUCAGGUGUUGUUGUGUUCAGGUGUUGUUGUGUUUAGGUGUUCUUGUGUUCAGGUGUUGUUGUGUUGUUGUGUUAGCCUGUUCAGGUGUCUCCUGUAGUUCGUCUGAACGGGUCCACAGGUGUGUCCUUGGCGAGUGUUUUCAGGUGAUCACAGGUAAAGGUGAGCUGUUUGUAGGUGAGCGAUGUUGUUGUUGAUUCUGUUUCCUGAUUGAUGCGUAUUGAUUAGUGAUUGAUCGGCUUGAUCAUCAUAAUGGAUCAGAACUGAUGUCCUCAGGUGUUUAUGACUCUUAAUCUCACCUGAGGAGCUGUAAUCUCACCUGCUGAAGGUCACUGAGCUGCGUUCGCUGUUGAUAACGUUCUGAUGGGUUACAUAAAGACACGCUUUAACACUUCAGCUGAACUCUGCAGUACUGAUAUACAUAUUAUACAGUAUCACUGCAGUAUCACUGCAGUAUCGGUGAAGUACUUCUACGUCCAGGUGUUUGUGACUCACCUGUGCUGGGACAGACCGGUCCUGUUUCUGAGGGAUGGAUGUGAGCUGCUGUCAGGUUCCUCUUCCUCUCCUCCUCCUCCCCGUUUCCGUGGAAACACUCUGAGCAUCAGGAUGAAAAGUCGAACACAGGGACUGAUUCAGGAUCAGACAGACCAGGAUGGGCGGUGCUGUGGCGAAGUAAAACCCUCUCUGCUCCAUCAACAAGAGAAGAAGAAGAAGAAGAGGGGCGUAGUGCUGAUGCAGCUCCCGAGUGUUUUCAUGGAGGUUGAACCUUUAGCCUGUUGAUACUGAAGUGUUUAUUUACAUGAGGGCUGCGCUGAUGUUUAUUGAUUUAUUGAUGGAUUGACUCGAACUGUGCCGUCUGAUCAGGAUGAGAGCAGAGCUGGACUUAAAGCAGAGACAGAAGAAGAAGAAAUGAGAGGAGAGGUUAACAGAGGUCAUCGUCACUGUGAGGACAGGAGGCUUAUCAUCGCACAUCUACGAUCAUGACCGCUCUGCUGCAGACCCACACACAGACCCUCUGAAGUGACGCUGAGUCUGCAGACAGAUGAGGUUUUAAAUCAGACAGUCGUUAACGUGUCAGAGGAUAAUUAGUUUUACAAUAAUCAAAACAAACUUUCAUUUAAAAGAAAAAAAAGUUUUUCUCAGCUGUAACUUUUAAAAUGCUGAUGAAAACAAAAAGGAACAAGUCAGAAUAAACUGGGAUGGAGACUCCAACUGUCUCUUGAUAGUUUUAUUGAUUACAUAUUCAGAGGACCGGAAUAUCUGAGGAUACGGCUGGGUGAUAUAGGAAAAAGUUUAUCAUGAUAUAUUAUUGAUUUCAUAUCAGCUGAUAUGGAUCAAUAUCAGGAUAUAAAACUGUAACAGUGUUUAUUGGUCUCAUGUCUUUUCCAACACAAUAAUCUCCUGCAUCUGUGAGGUCUUUGUGUCUCUUUGGCGUUUUGUCGUAAGGCGUCGCUCUAGAGAAAGCCGACUGAAUGGUCAUCUGAAUGUAACCUUUGGCGUUGCGCGUGCUCUGCGGCGUGGCGCUGCUUCAGGUGGUGAAAAAGAUUUGAGGUAUUCCCCGACUUUGUGAGAACAUGUACUCGACAUAAUUUACAGUCCACAUUACUCUGCUUCAUGUCCGACCUCCAAAAACCAAAAUACCUCCACACCACCGACGUUUUCCUAACGCCAGUGUUGUGGUUGACAUUGAUGUGGUCAUCUGUUGAGCCUUCAUGGUCAUUUCUGUCGGGGGUAGCACUCAUUUUCUUUGUUUCUCACCAACAGUGCUGUCGGCUUCACCUGUUAAAGUGCUAUGGUUGGGUGGAGCUGCUGUCUGCUACGACUUUGCUGCAGUUGGUUGAUACUUGGUUCUAAUUCAGAACAUGAUUGGUUCAGACCCGGAGACACGCCCCUUUUCAUUGGCUGUUCGUGUAGUCGACCAAAACAUGUCAGAAUGACGACUAUUGAAAAGGAUAUUGAUCAUGUUUUAUAUUGAUAUUGAGGGAAAUUAAUUUUGGAUAUAAAUGGUUUUAUGGCCCAUCUCUGUCUGAAGAGCUUUAAAGUUCUGAAGUUUGGUUAAAAAAAGGAAACGGUAAACCAGCUUCUUCUCCAGAUAAAAACACAUUAUUAUCAAUCAUGUCAAUUCAGUGUUACAUUAAUAAUGAUCUAAACAAUAAUACAGUUUAGUAGGUAACCUGCUGUAUUUUUCAGAUGAUCUCAGACAGCUGAGCAGAACCUCCACCUCCUCAUGGAGAUGUUUCACUGAGCCGAGUGUCCGUCCGUCUACUCUUGUCUGGAAACACUCGCUCCAGUUACUUCAAAAACACUAUCAGAUAUUGUCAUCUGUAAUCGUCGGUGGUCCAGUUAGUCUGGUCCUUAUGUGUGCCUGAAAAGUUAACCAGCACUGAGACAAAUGGGGCGACACGGUCCUGAAGUGGACCUGCUCCACAGGUGUCUGUGGGUCACAGCCGUCAGCGUCCCUCUGAGUGAGUGGGGACUGAUCCUGGAGGGACGAUGGGGAAGUGGGGACAUCAUGACGUCUUUUUAUGACUCACACUGAAUGUCCUGCAGUUUGAUUAUUUCACAUGUGCAGCAGUCAGUGAAAAUAAACUGAUGUGUGCGUGACGUUCAAACCGUUUCCAUAGAAACAGAGAAAAAAAUGGCGUCAGGAUUAGAGAAUAUUUUCAGAUUUAUCAGAGCACGUGUGUGUGUGUGUGUGUGUGUGUGUGUGUGUGUGUGUGUGUGUGAGAAGAGUCAGAGUUAACCUGAGACACCUGCUGUCUACAGGUGUUUGAUUUAAAGUGACCACAGGCUGAUUAAUCCAUCCCAGAGCUGAUGAUCUCUGACACGGUGCUGCUCCUGUUUCAGCGAAAGCUUUCACUUCUGCUCCAAGUGUGUGUGUGUGUGUGUGUGUGUGUGUGUGUGUGUGUGUGUGUGUGUGCGUGUGUGCGCAGCAGUGAUUCACACUCAUGUGACCUCUGCGUGUCGUGGCGUGUCUCCGUGAUCCGUCUUUAAGCUGCAGGUUUGAACUCGCCUCCGUCAGACUUGAGCUCAGAAAGGAAAACUGAAACAUGUUCACUGACAUCUGAUCCUGGUCCUGAUUCUGGUCCUGAUCCUGAUCCCGAUCCUGAUCCUGGCUCUGAUUCUGGUCCUGGUUCUGAUCCUGGCUCUGAUUCUGGUCCUAGUUCUGAUCCUGGUUCUGAUUCUGGUCCUGUUCUAUCACAGGCUGUUCUCAUGUUCUUGGUGUGUGACAUCGUCUCUGAUGAACAGUCGUCCUCACCUGUUGUUGUUGUUGUUGUUAUUGUUCUGGUGAGAUUUACCAUGACAGUAACCAUGGUAACGCCAUCCAAGGGUUUGAAGACUCAUGUCUUGAGGCGCUGUAGAUGUUCCUGGAUCAGGACUGUACCGGAUCUAUCGGCUUUGUCACAUCUGAGCUGUGAUAGUUUGGUUACCAUGGUAGCAGCUUGUCAAUCACAGGUUGCCCCGCCCCAAAACAUCCCCUCAUGUGUUUCAUAUGAAGUGGUUAAUGCUGAUGUAAGAGCAGGCAGAACAGAGCCCUGUGUGUGAAAUUCAUGUAGCCAAAACGUCACCCACUGAGGCUUUAAUAAUGAUCUAAUAUUGUCCUGCUGCACACCUCUGAUUAGAGGUUAAAUGUUGUCAUGUUUGAUUUUUUAUAAGAUUAUCCUGCUUAAACUCAGAGAGUUCAGAGUUUAGCGGUGAGGACGUGAAGUCAAAUCAACUCUGAUCAGCUGUGAGAAAUCAUCUCUGAAUAUUCUUCAGCCUCAAAGUUAGAGAUCUGUUUCUCAGAUGUUUCAGCAGGUCAAAGAAGGAGAACCAGUUAAAUCAUGAAUCAAUCAAUAAUCAAUAAUAAUAAUUAUAGAUACUCAGAGAGGACUGAGAGCAGAGGCGAUCAAUCAAAGAUCAGAAAGAGUGAAGGUGUGAUCACAUGUCACUGUGACUCUGACGAUCAAUAACUGUCCUGAUCAAACAGGUCAGAUUAUUAAAGUGUGUGUGUGUGUGUGUGUGUGUGUGUGUGUGUGUGUGUGUGUGUGUGUGUGUGUGUGUGUGUGUGUGUGUGUGUGUUAUCUUAUCAGUGUUUGGAUUACAGAGGUUUGUUGGCAGUCUUAAAGGUUCUCUGAUAGCAGUGUCUUCACUCUCUGAUUAGGGGUUAAAGGUCGUGGUGCUUCUCUCUCUCUCUCUCUCUCUCUCUCUCUCUCUCUCUCUCUCUCUCUCUCUCUCUCUCUCUCUCUCUCUCUCUCUCUCUCUCUCUCUCUCUCUCUCUCUCUCUCUCUCUCUCUCUCUCUCUCUCUCUCUCUCUCUCUCUCUCUCUCUCUCUCUCUCUCUCUCUCUCCGUUGAUAUAAAGCGAUCUCAGGUGGUUAUCUACCUGCUUGUGGAGCAUCCAGGUGAAGGUUGGCUCCAACAGAUAGAGACGCCGUCUGAACAUCUCAUCAGAUCCAGACUGACACUGCAGAACACACACAUGUUCACACACACACACACACACACACACAUGUUCUCACACACACACACACACACACACACACACACACACACAUGUUCUCACACACACACACACACACACACACACACACACACACACACACACACACACACACACUUUGAAGGGGUGUGUUUGAAGCAGAGACCUGCAGGAGGAUCUCUGAUGGUUCCGGUCUCACGUUUUUAACUGGCUGAUCUGUUUCUGACCAUUAACUCCAUUUCCCAUGAGUCUUUGCGCCCAGUGUGCGAGUCAGGUCUGAAGAGUCCCCAUCCCUGUUCGAUAUGAUUUCUCACUUCCUGUUUUUUCCUUUUUAGGUCAUUUUCCAAACAAGGCGAUGCCGUCGGCGGGCACGUUGCCAUGGAUACAGGGAAUCCUUUGCAACGCCAACAACCCGUGUUUCCGUAGUCCAACGCCGGGCGAGUCUCCGGGUGUCGUGGGAAACUUCAACGACUCCAUGUAAGAACUCUGACUCUUAUUCUGAAACCCUCGUGGCUUUUAUUUUGAAAUAUUGCUCAGGUAUUAUUGAAGAGAUAUUUCCUGUUUUUACAGGAAACCAUUUUUGGUUUUUUUUUAUUUGAAUUCAAAGUCUGAUCAGCUGAUUACAGGUGUUCAGGUUUAGUUAGUGCCGCAGCUCAAGGAAGAACAUUUAUGAUCAUUUCUUUAUCAUUUCCUUGAAGUAAUAAUCACCAUAUUGAUCAUUUUACAGACGCGGUAGUUCUUCUGUCUUAGCGUCUCGGUCUGAUUGUAUUUCCAUGAAGAAAUGAUCAUAAAUGUUCUUCCUUGAGCUGCGGCACCCCGCUGUAGUCUGUAAUGGACUGACCUGAAGUUAGGUGCUGUGUGAGAGUGAAAAGUUUCACGCUCGCGUCUCCGUCUCUCCUCAGAAUCUCUCGCCUGUUUUCGGACGCGAAGAAGAUCCUCCUGUACAGUCAGAACGAUAAAAACCUGGACGGGUUUAAGGAGCUGGCUCAGGCCCUGCAGGCGAUGCAGAACAGCCAAUCAGGUAAGAGGAAGGUCACAUGACAGGCCAGCAGCGGCAUCAUCCUCAGGAACAACAAGGCGCUCGGAGUUUGGGUGUGGAGACGGUUCAGACUGGACUCAGACUGGACUCAGACUGGACUCGGACCUGACUCGGACUGGACUCAGACUGGACUCAGACUGGACUCAGACUGGACUUAGACUGGACUCGGACUGGACUCAGACUGGACUCAGACUGGACUCGGACUGGACUUAGACUGGACUCGGACUGGACUCGGACUGGACUUAGACUGGACUCAGACUGGACUCUGGUUAUUUGUGUCUCUGAACAGGAUCUGGUUUCCUGGUUGAGGUCCUCUCUCAGGUCCUCAGUCCUGUUCUGGUCCUCGGAGGUUUCAGAGCCGUCCCUCUCUGUUGGUGGAUUUUCCGCCUCCCUGAACAUCAAGAAUUUUUCUUCUUUGUCUGUUAAUUUGCACUUUCAUCUCUCUCUGCGGGGGGGGGGGGGUGUUUCUUUUCUCUACCUGCUCCGACCUGCCGCCCCCCCGCCCCCCCGCCGCCCCGCCCCCCCAGCCUCGGCUUUUAUUCCCUUAAUCGCCUCCAAUCACAGCGGCUCUGAGAGCGUGGGCGGGGGGCGAGCUGCAGCAGGCUCACCUGUUUGAGGUUUCUCAGGUGAGCUCACCUGAUUCAGGGCAGACUUAGACCAACAAGUCCAGACCAGCACCCAUGGCCGUGACCUUUAGAGACCACAGAGUCCUCACAGCAGCAGGCGGAGGGAGGUUCUGUGUCUGUAGAGGGUUUCAGCUGACGGAGACCACCAUCAGGAGGUCUACCUGGGACAGAAAAAGGGGGUCAGCGGGUGUGGGUCUGGGACACCUGGAGAGUAUUUAGGAAAACCUCCUGAUCCGUCUGAAACUGGUCUCUGCAAAAACCUGAAACCAGACACAUUCAGACUCUGACGCCGGACUGUUUUUAUUUUAUUUUUUAUUUUUCAUACUAAACUAUAACAGUUUUUAUCAAACAACAGUGUGAUGUUAUUAACACAUUAUUAUUAUGAACACAUUAUUAUUAUGAACACAUUAUUAUUAUGAACACAUUAUUAUUAUUAACACACUAUUAUUAUGAACACAUUAUUAUUAUUAAAACAUUAUUAUUAUGAACACACUAUUAUUAUUAACACAUUAUUAUUAUUAUUAACACACUAUUAUUAUGAACACAUUAUUAUUAUGAACACAUUAUUAUUAUGAACACACUAUUAUUAUGAACACAUUAUUAUUAUUAUUAACACACUAUUAUUAUGAACACAUUAUUAUUAUUAACACAAUAUUAUUAUUAACACACUAUUAUUAUGAACACAUUAUUAUUAUGAACACACUAUUAUUAUGAACACAUUAUUAUUAUUAACACAUUAUUAUUAUGAACACACUAUUAUUAUGAACACAUUAUUAAUAUGAACACAUUACUCUGUGACUUCUUUCAUCAAACACCACUUUGACAGUUUUUAUCAUUACUUUGAUAUUUUUUCACUCCAGACUGUUCUAAAGAUGUUUGAUUGGUCAGGUUCAUGGGUGUCUUCACUGAGAGACGGGGUCACAGAGGUCACAGAGGGUCAAAGAGGGUCACAGAGGGUCUGUGGUUCUGUGGGUCUGGGUUUUAAGGACGGUGUCAGACUCUGAUCUUCAGGCCUCUCUGUCCCCCUUUGCCUUUUCCUGCCCCCCCUCCCCCCCUCGCUGAGCCCCUCCCCCUCCCCCUCCCCCCCCUCGCCGGCGUCUUGCUGGGUGUCGUUGAGUUCAGAGCGUCUCUCUGCAGCUGAACAAACUGUGUUUUAAUCCAGAGACAUGCAGAGAUAUGACGCCAGAUCAGACCUGGACCUGGACUGGGACCUGAACCGGGUCACUUCAGGUCUUUGAGGGAGAUUUGGACCUCUGGUUGGUUCAGACUCGGGCAGAGUCUGUGGUCCUGGUCCUGGUUCAGUCACAGGGUUUAAACCUGAUUGGACCUGACGUGCCUCUCUGUCGGAGUCUGACAGGAAGCUGUUCCUCAUUUGACCAAUCACGUCACUCGGAGCCGCUGAUGUCAGACAGCCCUGCGGGUGAUCUGACCCGUCACAGUGUUGGUCCACCUCAGACCCUCCUCAGGUCUGAUUUGUCCCUGCGAGGCCUCCGUACCUCAGACCGCGGUCCCUCUGUGAGCAGAGGAAAUGAGACUGGAUCUGGUGGACUACGACAAAAACCAGAACCAGGAUUAUGAAAACUAGGACUUGAUGUGUUUUUCCUGAAGCUCUGAGAGUUCAGACAGAGUCAGUCCUCUAACUCUGUGAUCUGUCUUUGGAAACGUCUCACUCACACCUUCAUAUGAAGUGAUAUUUAUCCUUCAGAACCUGCAGACUUAGAGAGGCGUACAGACAGAGUCCGACUCUAACUGGACGACCUGCUGAAGAGACCUGCUGACCUCCUCAGACCCAGUGUCCAGUUUUCUGCAGACCUGUUCUAGACCUGUCCCCCCUAAUUUUCACCACAUCUGGACCGGCUUCAAUCCGGAACGGCAGCGAUUUUCUCCAUCCAACAAUUCCUACCGGAUCCGUUUGUGAGGCGAAUUUCGUGGUGGAUUACAGACAGAGGGAAUCACGAGAACUCACAAGAACCCACAGAUUCAUGUUCAAUCGCGCGAUAACGGGUUGUCUCUCUAAAGACAGACACAUAGACAUAUAAGCAGUAGAUUGUGUCCUUCCAGAGGAGGAAAUCUACUUCUAGACUUCUAGAAUCAGCAUCUCCUCAUCCAUGGUGUCAUCGGGGUGAAAUGACGUCUAAAAACCUUUCACUUGUUCGUCUCCGCCCGUUUGCAUGGUGUGAAAUACGAUCCUCCUGAAACACGGAGUGUUUUAUUUUGAAAAGAAGCCGGAUGUUUUAUUUUGUGUCUGUGCCCGACUUCCUUUCCAGCACGGGUUAAUCUGUGCUGAAUUUAUCCGCCAUGCUCCGGCGUCCAGGAAAAAUAGAACUCUUGUGAUCAGCUGAGGAGUCCGGCGAUCCGCAGAGGAACGGAAAGAAGUCGGUGUAAAUUGACACGUUAACCUCCAAUUUUCACCGCAUCCGGAACGGGGAAUAAAAAGCCAUAUCUGCUGAUCUCAGUUGAUUGUUUCUAUUCACAAUCUACUUCUUAUAUGUCUAUGUG